AUGGGUGUUCUUCAGUCUACACUUCUCUACUUGAUUUUACUGCACUAUUUCAAGAUUGUUGCUUACAAGGACCAAGAGUGGAGGAAAGCCACAGCAACUUAUGCCAAGGACUCAGAGGGGUCUCUUGUCACCGAAGGAGCUUGUGGUUAUGGAGACCUCCACAAGGCAAGUUAUAGGAAACACAAUGCUGGCUUGAGCACCAUGUUGUUCAACAGAGGGAGCACAUGCGGGGCCUGCUAUGAAAUCAGGUGUGUUGACCACAUCUUGUGGUGUGUGAUGGGAAGCCCUUCGGUAGUUGUUACUGUUACAGAUUUCUGUGCUCCAAAUUAUGGGCUUUCAGUUGAUUAUGGUGGCUGGUGCAAUUUUCCAAGAGAACAUUUUGAGAUGUCACAGGCUGCAUUUGCUGAAAUUGCCAAGAACAAAGCUGAUAUAGUGCCGGUUCAGUAUAGAAGAGUAAAGUGCGAAAGAAGUGGUGGCAUGAGAUUCACAAUGAGUGGGGGUUCUCACUUCUACCAAGUGCUGAUCUCCAAUGUUGGUCUGUAUGGCGAAGUGAUUGCUGUGAAAGUGAAGGGGUCUAAAACAGGGUGGAUUCCAAUGGCAAGGAACUGGGGACAAAACUGGCAUUGCAAUGUCAACUUUCAAAAUCAGCCUUUGUCCUUUGAGGUAACAAUCAGUAGUGGAAAAACGCUCACAUCUUACAAUGUAGCACCAGCAAAGUGGAUGUUUGGACAGACAUUUGAAGGAAAACAGUUCCAGGAGGAGUAG